GUUUGAUAUCUAUUGGGUUUGUGAGAGAAAAUGACAAAGGUAGAUGUUGGCUCGAAUGGGUUUGUGAGAGAAGACGAUCAAAAGGAUCUGUAGAGGUAAGGGACAAAGUCAUUGGGUUCGAGAUAGAAGCGACUAAAAAUCCGAGGCGAGAUGGGGUUUUGAUUUUGGUGGCUCUCGAGAAGGUUCUUAUAUGUGGAAUAAAGGAAUUCAAAAGAGUAAGCAUUAUUACCGCCAAAAUCAAACUUGAG